AUGCAUGAUGGGAACGGCAAGGCUGCGCCACAAAGGCUCCACCGUGGCCGGAACUUCGGAGCCCCGGUGCUAUGGCUUCUGGGCCUCAUACCACUGCUUGCGAGGAUGCUGCAGGCAAAGGUGAACCCAGCCCGAAGCUUCCAGUGCUGCUACUGUGCCUUCAUUGCGGUCAGUCUCUGUUGGAACCAUUUGGAGGGUCACCGGAGCUUCUACCGCUGGUUUUCCUCUUCCAAGAUUGAGCCCAGCCAGAGAAGGGGCUUGGGACACGCAGGCGAGAGGAUCUACGGCCUGCUGCCGGCCCCCAAACUGAGCCCCCUGCAGCACGACGCCGCUUUCGGGGUCUUCUUCUUCAGUCUCCUGGGCUCCUGCUUGGCGCCUUCGCCAAGGCUUUGCCUGGGAGUGGCCUUCCUCUGCUGGUUCUUUUACUACUCUCAGAUCUUCUGUGCCACCAAAGCCGGUGGUCAUGGGAGUACCUUGAUCCCAGGCACCCUGCUGAUGAUGGCUUUGUCGCCAACGAUCGAGGAUACUUACAUCUGGAAGGAUUCAGUGGAGGCCUGGUGGGCUUUGGACUUCAUCAAGCUGCAAGUGGCGGCGACCUACUGCGGCUCGGGCCUCUGCAAAAUCGCAGGCUCCCUCUACUUCCAGCAGUUCUGGGGGAAUGGCACCACACUGCAGGCCUACACCUUCGAUGCCAUGUGGUCGAGGCCCGGUGGAGAAUUCACCUGGCAACUCCAGGCCAUCGCUGUCCAGUGCCCUCGAACACUGGUCCUGGCUGGGACUCUGUCGCUGCUCUUCGAAGUCUGCUUUCCACUGGCUCUGACGUCACAGGAGCUUGGUACCGCCUUCGCCUGUGCCGCACUCGCCUUUCACACAGGUGUCUACUUCCUGCAGGGCUUCGACUUCCUGUCUCAGUGGUGUCCUGUCGUUCUGCUCUUUGCCUUGCCGAACGCCUCCUGGCAAAUGACCAAAGCAUCUCUGCGAUUCGGGGCCACAAGUCUCGGCGGCCUGGACUUGGGCCUCAGCCUUGGUUUCUUGUACACGGCUUGCAGCAUGCUCGUGUCCCUGACCAUGGUGGAUGUCUGGUAUGGGGAAGUGCCGCCGUGGUCAUGUUGUCCCAUGUUCCUGGUUCCUCGGAAUGUGUUUGCUCCGAAGAUGCCCCGCUGGUGGUCCAUGACCGGCGUCCCCGAGCAAAGGGAGGCAGGUUUCAUGGACCCUUUGAUUUACUCUCCUGCGAAUGCGAAGCACUACCUUCCCAAAGAGGACCUCCCCAAGUUCCCCUACAAGAUCCUGCAGUUUGGCUGCCUAUCCCAGGUGCCCAAGGAGCUACAAAAGUUCGUGCGGCCAGAAUGCCUGCAGCACGAAGGCCCCAUGCUGCUCUUCGCCAACUUCCCCGUGCCCAAGGAGCUCAAAGACUCCUUGGAGAGAAUGGUCCAUUUGAGCCUCCGAAGUUCCCCAAAGGAUGCUUGGGACUCGAAGAAGCUCCGGGAGAUCGUGGACUUGCAAAGGCUCUGCCGGCUCCAGUUCGAGCGGGCCGACCGCCCUUCGAAGAAGCCCGAGUGA